AUGGCCGAAGACGAAGAGAUCGGGGAUUUGGGACUGGACUCUGUGUUUACUGAACCACCCAGGCCUCCUACUCCCGAACCCACCAUCGCCGUCUAUGAUCGCGAGCAAGGCGGUCAGAUAAAGAUACGGCUCGUAGGAUCGCAUCCAUUAUGGGGACAUUACUUGUGGAACGCUUCACGGGCUUUUGCUUCCUAUCUUGAGGCGAAUCCUUCGUUGACGCAGAACAAAUGCGUCCUUGAGCUCGGAGCAGGCGGCGGCCUUCCUAGUAUCAUCGCGAUCCACAACGAAGCCAGAAAGGUCGUGGUGACGGACUAUCCAGAUGCAGAACUCGUUCAGAAUAUGAAGUACAAUAUAAAAAAUAAUACUACAGCCACCGAUCAAGAGAGAGUCUCUGUGCAGGGCUAUAUCUGGGGCCACCCCGUCAAACCCCUCCUUUCCUCGCUAACCCCCGAGCCGUCAUCUAAUGACAAGUUCGACUUGAUAGUUUUAUCAGAUCUCAUAUUUAACCACUCGCAACAUGACGCGAUGCUGAAGACAUGUGAGGAUGCGCUGAGACUCUCGUCGGAUGCCCAAGAGAGUUCUACCCCAAUGGUCUUGGUGUUCUACAGUCAUCAUAGACCUAAACUAGCUCACCGCGAUAUGGAGUUCUUCGAAAAAGCCAGAGUGCGCGGUUGGGUAUGCACGAAAAUACUCACGAAGACAUAUCCCCCUAUGUUCCCUGAUGACCCAGGUGAGGUGGAUGUCCGCUCUACAGUCCACGGGUGGAGUUUGGUUCGAGCGAAUUAG